AUGGAGAACGAGCUGUUGAAUUCGGGAUCGGAUGACGAAGACAGUGAUACCGCUGAUAUAGCAACACGGACGAAAGCUACAUAUUUUGCGAAGAAGAAAACGCGACCGCCACGGCCGAUUGAGCCAAACGUUCAAGUGCAAAACCAUCAAGAACAUGCUGGGAGGAGCGGGGAAGUAAGUGAGGACAAAGAUCUAGGCCAUGGAGAUAUAUGGUCAGCAAAUAAGGUAAAACUCCACACGAAGUUUUUUGAUCGUAUCUGAUGGAGUCACGCUAGCUUGUACGUGGAUGACUCGUAAAGUUUUCUUGGAUCGUGCGUAGUUUUCUCUCACACAAUUAAACAAACUCGGAAUGUUUAUAAUAAGCUCUUUGAUGCUGAACACGGUACGAUCGGUGUCUGAUUAUAAUACUGUCUUCUCUCUAUUUUCUCUGCACAAAGUGCUCGUUAUUUAUUUAUGACUAACGACUUGUGGGCGUGAAUUGGAAAAAUCUGCAUAGCAGGUGAUCUACGAUCGAAGUAAACUAACCUGCAGAUAAUACAUAGUUGGAAACUAAAAUGUUUAAGAUUAAGAAAAGUAAAUAUUACUGAGUAGCAUACCACUGUCUAAUUCUGAAAUCACAGUUCUACCUUUCUUGCUACAGGCAACUGUAUAUCUCCAGCUGGUUAAAUUGUAUAAUAAAUGAUUAAUGAUUCUGAAUUGAUAAACUACCAAUAAAUGUAACUUCUAUUUCUUCUUUCUCUUCACAUAUUGUUCUUUAUCUUGUUUUUUUUUGCCUGAUCUGGGGGAGAGGGAGGCUCUUCCUUUAACUAAAAAAACAGUUUCAUGAGGGUUAUUGCUUGAUGCAUAAGUCUUGUGAUCCGCUAGCUUGAUACAAAGACUUAUUUUGGUUCAAAUUUCAGUUUUUAUCAAUCGCCUUUGCGUCGUGUUGCGUUACAUGCACAGUUAUUUAACACUGUUAAUGUCAAAUACGUAUCAACAAUAGAAAUAAUCUGCAACUGAUUCAAAUUAAUUGAAAUGCAACGCUAUACUCGCAGCUCUUCACUUUCCAUUGGAAACUACUAGUUAUAUACUGUACAGCUUGACAUUUCACACUUAUGGCUGUAACAGAAAACUAAAAUUUCUGUUUUUAAGUUAUCAGUUUCUAAGAAUUAAGUAGUGCUAUGCCAAAUUUUUGCCAAAGAGUUUGCAUAUGAAUGGUACAAUGUAACCUACCAGCCAAGGUUAAUGGCUAUCCUGUCAUGAGGUUACAUUGAUAAAGAAAUUAAAUUAAUCAUUAAUUCACCCUUUUUGGCCAGUACAGUUGAAAUACUUUAGAGUACUAGAUGGGUAUCUGUCACAGUAAAAAUUAUGUAGAUAAAAACUCAUGACAAAAUCUCCCUUAAGUCUGGUUUCUGUUUAAUACUCUAGUACUUUUAUAUUAAGUAUUGGAGAUGGCUAGUGAAAGCAAGUACCUUAUACAUUUUAAUAACAUAUGCUUUAUUUCUGGUGGACUGAUUAGAAACCAGAUGGAAAAAAAAAGAAUAAAACAAUAACUAAAACAUAAUAGAGUGUAAAGGAAGUGCUUUAACCACUAAAUUUGAAUUAAAAGAAUUUGAGUGAUAUUUUGUGUCUUUCAGUCAUAUUGUCUGAAGAUGAAUCAUUAUUUAUCAUCACCGAGUCCUUGGGUAGUAAAAAUUUACUUUGCUUAGUUAGAUUCAACCUGUCACUAGCCUUUGGCUAUAAACUGAGAAAGUUAGUCUUGAGCACUGAACAAAUCAUUAAAAGUUUUAUAGUUUAUUAUUUAAUUCCAGCCUUAAUUAUAAUUAGAUAUUUCUCAAUAAAAUUUAAGGUUUUGGUAAUCCAGGCAUAUCACUGCCUUAUAAGAAUCUUGUAUAAUAUUCAUUUUGAGAACUUCUUGUCAUAUUUCCAUUUUUAAAAUGAUGCCAAUUAAUAUUUCAAGAAAGUACUCAUUUUCUGAAUGGUCUUGUGAUUGAUGUUUAAAUGCUAAAUAUCAAUUCUUUGGGCAGAACCUGCCAAGCUCAAAUUUUUUUAUUAUACUGGGUUAUGCACAAAUAUGUAGUUGCACUGUAUUUUAACCCAGAAAAAAAAACUUUGUUGUAGCAAGAGUUAAAAAUUUACUAGUAAAUUUUCACAAUUAAUCCCAUCAAAACCUGUCUAUUAUUAUCCCAUUAUUUAUGACAAUUUGAAUUUCCAAAGAUUAAAAUUAUGCACAUUCUUUUGUGUUUUUGGCCUGAUUAAGUGCUCUAAUUGCUUAUGUACAUGUUGUGCUUGAAAGGGAGAUGUCACUAAUAUUUUCAUGUUUUAUGGACUUGGAAGCCAAAAACUUGAAGAGAUCAGAUUGAUCCUAAACCUUCCUCAUGAUUGAUAAACAAGUAUGUUCCUAGCAAAUAAGGGUGGAAAUUGUUUGUCAGUAAUAUUCUCCUAUUCUCCCAUAAUUUAAUUUGGAAAAAAAUUCACAGGUCUCUGCACAACCUUAGUGUUUUAAAACAAUAAUUUUCCUGUCUCUUGGAGUGCCAAUAUUACAAUGUAGCCUUGUCGCAUCUUAAAUUCAAAAGACUCAAGACAUUCUGCUUAGUAUUUAAUCAAUAAAUGUAAUCAGUGAAUUAAUAAUAAUAAUAAUAAUAAUAAUAUAAAUUUUAUAUAGUGCCAGUAUCAUUAAAGUUCAUAAGUGCUUAACAGAACAAUAAAAUAAAAAAACAAAAAAAAGUAAACAAAAAAAAGUAAACAAAAAAAUUAAGAAAAAGCUUCAAAUCUUAAGACUGAAAUAAAAUUGGCUAAAGAGUUAUAAAAAAAGUUAUAAAGAUGCUUUUUUAAAAAGGAAACUUUUAAGUCUGUUUUUAAAAAUGGACACUGAGGAGCUGUUCUUAAUGUCAGACAGCAGAGUAUUCCAGAGUGUGGGGUUACCACGGACAAAGAUCUAAAAAUUCUUAAAAAUUAAGACCCAAACAAAGUUUGCAUGGUACAGUUGAACCACACUUUACAGACACCCAUUUUAAUAAUAUGGACACCUAGUUAUUAUGGACAGUUUUCCUUGUUCCCAGCUCUUACAUUUCCCUCAAUUCAACCUGCUUAAUAUGGACAAGAGCAGACACUUUUACGGUCCCCUCAGUUUCUGUAUUGAUGGGUUUCAUUGUACGUGAUUUAAAAGGGUAACGAUAAUGUUACUCUUUCAAUUAUGGGAUCUGAAGGUGUUUUUUGUGGUACAACUGUGUAUGUGUUACAUUGGAUCAAAUUAUUAGUAGAAUCAGUUGACAGAAAUGAAAAAGGCCGGCUGCCUUUCAUGUUUUCUCUUUAGUAUCAAGCUUCAUCAAGUUCAUAUGGUGCAUAUUCUGAGACACGAAUGAAGACUGAAAGCAUAGGGUAGGUUUUUCUUUUUUUAUUUAUCCCCAUUGCAUUCAGUUUUCUGCCAUUAUUUUGAAAAUGAUAUUGCUGCCUUUGCGAUGUUUUUUAACUGAUCACUGUUUCAAAUCUCCUGUAGAACAAAUUCACUAGCAUUUGAUUCUGAAGAAGAUGUCUCUGGGUGGAGAAGAGAAACGCUUUUGUGAGUACAUAAUAUUAGUGUCAGAGUUGUCUAGUAGUUUUAACCUUGUGCUGUUUCCUAUUCUUUGUGGUUUUAGAAUUUUUCUAUAAUCAAUGAAAAAUGUCCCACACAAUGUAGAAAAGUGCAAUAAUUUUCUCCGUAAUAAUUUACUUCUUUGAGCUGAGACAAUUGUUAAUACAUAAGAAGCAAGCUGAACACUCAAAAAGCUAAAAAGUGCACAAAUUAGUUGAAUUUCUUGAUAGAUAAAUAGAGGAUAUUACAUGGCCAUGCGGAGAUACGAAAUUUCUCUUCAAGUGUUAUGCGCUCACUCGUGAAAUAUUUUUUCAACAUGAGAAGAGAAAUUCCGUAUCUCCAAAAGGCCAUGUAAUGUUCUAUUUAUUAUAUGAACACCAAUGAAAUACCAAACCAUUUCACUUUAAUAGUUUUUUGGUGUGAAAGGUGCGAUUUAUUAUGUAGCCAUAGCAAAGGUGAUAUUUUCACGUGUGAAGAUAACAUGUUAUUAUUUUCAUAUGUGAAGAUAUCAAGUUUUCACGCGAAAGCUCACCUGGUAUUUCAUUGGUGUUUAUAUAAUAAACAAUAUUCUUUACCAGUCUCAUAGCUAAUUUUCACAAACACAAAAGAAAAAUUUAUCCUUUCCAUUUUGAUUCAUAGUGUGCUGAUGAAAGUGAGUUGUUUAUUAUUAAUGGUAAAAGAUUUUAAAAGUGUUGACUUUACCCAACAAUCAGUGAUAGUUUCAUGUUGGUUUGUUAAUAGUUGGCUGAGGCAUCCAAAAAUUAAAGAAAACUGGAAAACUGUUACAGCAGCAUUUUUGUUAUUUGUGGCAGGACUAGGUAUGUAUGCUUGAUAUUGAGAAAGUAAUCAUGUUAAUAUGAACAAGGGUUUCAAUGGGGCUCACCUCAGGUCAGAGAAUGGUUACAAAAAACUCCUUUUAGUCAAUAUGCAUGAAAAGAGGGGCCUUGUCAGUUAAUUUCUAGGAUGUACAGUCCAGCGUGCAAAAAAGGUAGUGUCCGAUAGCCCAGGGCUAGUGGAUUUUGCUAUCGGGCUGAUCUAUCUGGCUAGUGAAUGCUGUUUUUAACUUGCCUGACAAGCAGGUGGUGUUUUUUGAGGAAUUCAAAUAACAGAAGAACUGUGAAAUCAAUUCUGCUAGUCAAAAAGUUUUUGGGGUGAGUUGAAAUGACGUCUGGGCUAGUAAAUGCUAGCUUCAGCUUGCCUGAAUGGCAAGCUGUAAAAAUGAUUUUCUGUGCUGCCACCCUGACAGGUUCUAUAUAAUUUGUCACAAAAGCUGUCAAAAAUCUUGGCCAUUCUCUUAUUAGGAAAACAAAGUUUCAUCCAAGUACAGCAUAGGUGAACUGUUAAUUUAUCAGCUGUGCUUCAAAAGGAAAAAAUGUAGCAAAUGUAGUAGGCACUUCUGAAAUUAAGUUUGGAUUUGAUGAAACUGUUAUUUGUAAACAAAAAAAUUUCCAUUCUUUCCUCAAAAUGUUCAACAUUGACUUCAAUUAACUUUGCGUACUAUAAAACUUGAGUUUAUAAUUAUUAAGACAAUUAAUACAACAAAAACAUUGUUUAUAUAAUCAGCUAACAAGAAAAGUUCAAAAAUCCUAGAUGGACGGUUGGUUAAAUUUUUCACUUUUGAGUUCGCGCGUCAUUUAAAAGCACAGUAGAAGCUAGUAGAGUUAACUGAUUUUUUGUGUUUUUCAUUUUAGCUUUUUUAAUAGCUGGAAUAGUAUUAGCAGCAACUGGAGAUGAUGGUGUGUACUCUCCCCUCUUAUAAAUUGCCAUAAAUUCUUUAUGGUAAUUCCUUCCCCCCAUUGUCCCGCUCUUAAAUGGUAGACUGUAUUAAUACAAUGGAACCCCACCUUACGGCCACCUCGGUAAUACGGUCACUUCGUUAUUACGACCACUUUUUUUUGGCCGCCCGACGAAACGACCAUACAUUUUUUUUAUAAAAAAAACCUCGAUAUACGGUCAGCCGUUAAUACGGCCAAUUUUUAUUGGCCCUUUGGUCACCGUAUUAACAGGGUUACACUGUAUUACAGUGUGACUACUCGAACCGGGGCACUUGGAAGAAGAGUAUCCAAUCACAACGUUUUUUGAAAAUAAAAGAUUCUCAAGUAUUUUUGCAAACGGUCCAAGAAAAUUCAAGGUUCAACAAUGUAACUGUUGAAAACCGUUUGAACUUACCUGAGCUUUCAGGAAAGAGCCCUCAAAUUCAUGAAUGAUAUUGGUCUGUUGGCCAAAAAAAAACUUGAGAAUCCUUUGUUUUCAAAAACAAAUGUGACUGGAUAAUCUUCAUACAAGUGCCCUGAUCUGAGUAGUCGCACUGUGAUCACAACUGUAACACUUGAUGUGGACUGAUCCAGUAUAGUUUUAUUCACAUGCUGCCAGAUUUUUGUAUUUGUUUUCGACCUGGUUUUCGACCUUCAGCUACAUGACCUCCAAUUUCAUGUUCGUAUGCUUUUCCACGUUCUAGUUCUUUAUGGAGAAUUGAUAACAUCAUCUUCUCUAAAAUACCUUUAAUAUUAUAGGAAAUUAACGCUUCAUGAAAUUAAGGUAUUGGAAAUUAACGCGACUUAAAUGGACGCUAAUUUAAUGGAAAACCGUUUUCGAAUUAAGGAAAUUAAUGCAGAAGAGAGGGUAGCAUUUCAAAAUAAAGUAAAUUCACGUGACGUUCACAAAGAAACAAAACGUGUUGAUCGAGACAACAGAACAAAGUUAAAGGUAUAAUCCGACAUACAAACUUUGUUCGUGGUACUUUUCCUAAACGUAAGAAGGAGGUUAAGCGAAAAAAUCUGGCCACUUCGAGGGUUCUUUACAGUUGUACUGAUACUCAAGGCUUUGCUGUAAGCAAAAUUGAAGGAUGCCCAGCCCUCUAAACCUGUAAAAUCUUAUAGGGUGCCUGGCAUACGAUUUGUAUGAAAAAACUAAGAUUUUCUAGUCGCCCAAGAUCAAAAGUAAGGCGCUAAGGGCCACUGGGCUCGGCUAGAGAACAGCGCUGAUACUGCCGGAUCUCCACCCCGAUAAAACUCCUCUUAAUUGAGGAUUUAUGGUAAUAAAAUUUUCAGAAUAUUUUUGGAUCAAAUGUAUCUCCGAAGUUUUGAAGGCUACUAAGUUUAUUAUUGUUUUGUUCUUUAAUCCAGGAAUGAAGAGUGUUAUAUUUUUUGUUUGUGCUGCUAUAUGCAUUCUUCCUGGAGGUAAGUCUAAACUUUAUUUUAACAAGCUAUGUGUGAUUCUGCUGAUAUAUAAUCUCAUGUUUUGCUGCUUGUGUUAGAGGAAAAUGGUUACUUUUCGCGGGCGACAAGAGGGGCCUGCAAUCCUAAUUUCCAGGUCCCAGUUGUUCAAAAGCUGGAUAGUGCUAUCCAUUGGAUAAAUCUCUAUCCAGUGGAUAGUGCAAUUGGUUUCCCUAAUACUUAUCCUCUGGAUAGUGAUUUAUCCGGUGGAUAGCUCUAUCCCCCUUUUUGCUUUAUUUACUGAAACCUUUGACUGACGAAUCUGGACAUAAAGGACAGUGUACUGAGAACUUUAUUGACGCCAUGAAGACAAUACAGAUACCUGACGACCACAAACUCAGUAGUGUUUUGUGAUCUGAAAUCACUGUUCAUGGCUUUACACUGCUCUGAGAACGCUGUUAAGAACUCUGCUGUUGAACUAUUACUACCUACCUACAGAUGACAUUCUGGACCUACUGACCGAACACAAACGAGCUACAAGAAAUGGUAACGUCAACAAUCAUAUUACUGAACGCCGUUUACGGACGAAACAUCAAAUUGACUGGGACUCUGCGACAUGUAUUACCGGUAUGUUUUCUACAGACUCCCUUUAGAGAGUUGGUUUACUAACUUAGAACAAACGCCACUGUAUCGUAGUCAACAGUUACCGGCACCGUAAAAAACGACAUAUUGACGGACUCAAGCAAAUGUAACUAUAGACUGUUCACAGUCCUCUAUUUUUCCGUAAGAUCAUCGAGAUCGAGCGCUUUGCGUUACGGGCUGCCAUCUUGCAUGAGUGUCAAAACUACCUAGGGGACGGGGGCGGUUUGGGAGGAGGAGCUAUAAUCUCCGACGCCCGCCCCCUCGGUACAUUUGAAAAUCAAGAUACCAGUGACGGUAAUACACGGUAUAUCUAAACGAUCUCACGAAAAAGUAGGGACUGUGAACAUUCUAAUGUAACUAUGGGAGAAUGACUGGACAACCGACAAUUUGACUAACAAUAGGCCACUUCCGAGUUCCAAAAACCCUCACUUUCAAAAUGAGGCUAGGUGCACAACCUUUCUUGUGAAAAUGAGUUUUAUUUGCAUGAGAAUGAAAAAUGAUUUCCAUAUCAAAAGCUGAGCACUUAACCUCGUUUUGAUACAGAGACCCGAGGGAACUCGGAAAUGGCCUAUUAACGACUGUGACAAUAGACGGAUUGAAACGCACCAAUAACAUUACGAGUCUUCAUAGCCAAUAAAAUCACGGCUUAACUGACAGACGACCCAUAACAACGCGACGUAACUGACCAAUCAGAUCAAUAACCAGUCAGAGUUUAAUAGCAUCAACUGACGUGAUACAACUCACUUUGACUCUGAAGAUGACUACCGCACAUGUUGUCGAAACGUCAGUCACUGUCAACAACAACAGUCCUAUUCAGGACUACGUUCACCCGGACGAUCAAACUCAACCUACUUAUGAAAUUGUUUUUUGCAGGAUAUCACAUAAUUUACAUAUACAGAGCUACAAAGGGCCAGAGAGGGUACAAUUUUGAGAGCAUACCGUCAUUCCAAUGA